AUGUUUGGUCAACGGAAUGAUACCAAUAACUGGCCAGAGCAGGAACCAACCCCGGAGAAUAUGACCAUGAUGCAAGCCUUCGAAUGGUACGUUCCAGAUGAUCACAAGCACUGGAAACGACUGUCCGACAAUGUUUCGCGAAUGAAGGCUACUGGAAUCGACAACAUCUGGGUUCCCCCUGGAUGUAAAGCCUCUUCACCAUCAGGCAAUGGUUAUGAUAUCUACGACCUCUACGACUUGGGUGAAUUCGAUCAGAAGGGAGGUAAGGAAACCAAAUGGGGUACAAAGGAAGAACUAUUGGAAUUGGUGAAGAAGGCAACCGAUUCUGGCGUGGGGAUAUAUUGGGAUGCUGUCCUUAACCACAAAGCCGCCGCUGAUCAUAAAGAGAAGUGCGAAGCCCAAGAAGUUGAUAAUGAUGACCGGAACAAAACGGUUUCAGAUCCCUACGAGAUUGAUGCAUGGCUGGGGUUCGACUUCCCUGGAAGAGGGGAGAAAUAUUCUGCCCAGAAGUACCACUGGUAUCAUUUCAGUGGCACGGAUUACAAUGCAGAUAAUAACAAGACUGCUAUCUACAAGAUCCUGGGAGAUAAGACGAAAGGCUGGGCCAAAUCCGGGGACGUCGAUUCCGAAAAGGGCAAUUACGACUACUUGAUGUUCGCGGAUUUGGAUUAUAGCCAUCCUGAAGUUGAGCAAGAUGUGAUCGACUGGGGUGUCUGGUUGAGCAAGCAAAUCACCUUGAAGGGUAUUAGGUUUGAUGCGGUGAAGCAUUUCAGUGAGGAUUUUCUUCGCAAAUUUAUUUCAAAACUUGACGAACAGCACGGAGAGGGCUGGUUCUUCGUCGGCGAGUUUUGGAAAGAUAGUUUGGAUGAUAUGUCUCAAUAUCUGGAACGAAUGGGCAAGAAGUUCAGUCUCUUCGAUGCCCCUCUUGUUUACAACUUCAGCCAAUUGAGCAAGACGGAAAAUGCGGAUUUAAGAACUGUUUUCGAUAACACAUUGGUCAGAAUUGAACCCGUCAACGCCGUGACUCUUGUCAUGAACCACGAUACCCAACCAUACCAAGCCCUUGAGGCUCCUAUCGAGCCAUUUUUCAAGCCUCUGGCCUACGCACUCAUUCUGCUUCGUUAUGACGGCUAUCCUUGCAUCUUCUACGGCGAUCUCUACGGUAUCAAGGGGGAACAUCCAUUCCCACCAUCUUGCGGAGGCGCCCUGCCAAAUCUUAUUCUCGCCCGAAAGCUUUAUUCAUAUGGGGUCCAGCAAGACUAUUUUGAUUACGCAACUUGUGUUGGAUGGGUCAGAUACGGAACGUGGGACAAAAAGUUUGGCUGCGCUGUUCUAAUGUCUAAUGCUGGACCAGGCGAGAAGAAGAUGCAUGUUGGUGAAAUUCAUGCUGGCGAGGUAUGGACUGAUGUCCUUGGAUGGGAGCAAGGCGAAGUUACUAUUGACCAUGAAGGAUUUGGUAACUUCACUUGUCCCGGGACAAGUUUAAGUGUAUGGGUUAAUAAGGAUGCCGAGGGUCGGGAGAAGUUUGGAAAGUUUGACUCGGACAUCUACAAAACCUAG